UAGAGCCGGAUCGUAUGCGACCGGCCCAUCACUGCUACUGACACUCAGCACAGACUCACAGCAGAGACAUGGCUGUGGACCUCAGGGCUGUGCUGCUCUCUGCCUUCGACUAUAAGACGGAGAAAUAUGUUAUUGCUAAGAAUAAGAAAGUGGGAAUUCUGUACAGAGUGAUUCAGCUCUCUCUGCUGGGAUAUAUCAUCGGCUGGGUGUUCCUGACGAAGAAAGGCUACCAGGAGACUGAGGAAUCUAUUCAGAGUUCAGUCAUCACCAAAGUUAAAGGGGUUUUACUCACCAACUCCUCAGGAACUGGACCUCGACUCUGGGGGCCAGAGGACUACGUAAUCCCACAGCAGGGAGAAGAUGUGCUUUUUAUAACAACCAAUUUCAUAGAAACGCCAAAUCAGAAAUUAGGCUAUUGUGCUGAGAGUUUUAAGGUGCUAGACGGUCGAUGCAGGAAGAAUGAAGACUGUCCAGAGGGAGAGGCAGUCGUAGCUGGAAACGGAGUUCGGACUGGACGCUGCCUGAAGAAAGACAGGAACUCCACUGGAACGUGUGAAAUAUACGGCUGGUGCCCCAUCGAGAAAAGCCAGCGGCUAAUUGUGCCUUUAUUAGGAAAAACUGAAAACUUUACCAUAUACAUAAAGAACUUCAUCAGAUUCCCCAAGUUCGGCUUCUCAAAAUCGAAUGUCUUGGACACAGCCGGGGACUCGUAUUUAAAGACGUGUUUAUACGAUGCGAUUGCUCAUCCAUACUGCCCCAUAUUUCGUCUUGGAGAUAUCGUCCUCAGAUCUGGACACGACUUUCAGGACAUGGCUUUACUGGGUGGAUCUAUUGGAAUCCUAAUCGAGUGGCACUGUGAUCUGGAUAAAGGCUAUUCACACUGCCACCCCCGAUACACCUUCACACGACUGGACUUCAACUCUACAGCCAACUCCGUCUCAUCAGGAUACAACUUCAGAUACGCCCACUACUUCAAAAACCCUGCAGGAGAGACUCACAGAACACUAUUAAAGGUGUACGGGAUUCGCUUUGACAUCCAGGUUCAUGGCAGAGCGGGAAAAUUUAACAUAAUUCCCACAAUUAUAAACAUAGGAUCUGGUCUUGCCUUAAUGGGAGCUGGGAGUUUCUUCUGUGAUAUGGUGCUUCUCUAUAUGAUGAAGAAAAGUACCCUCUACAGGGAGAGGAAGUUCGAAAAAGCUAACAAGAACGGAAACAACAAUAAUUCAGAAGAUUCUGAGAAAGAGCCUUCAGAGGCGGAGCAACUGACUGACCCAACACCUGACCAACACACCGAGGCAACAACUCCGUGUUUAUACCCUAUAGAGCAGCAUGAGAAUCCAACUGACGGACAAAUAAACCCAUCUGAUUGACAGACAUCCCAUCCCAAAGAGAAUGCCCAUCCCAAAGAGUGUAUAAAGUUGCCUACUGUCUACUUGACCUCUGAAUUGAAUUGAAUUGAAUCCAGAUUGGAUUACUGUACGAAGUAGGUAUCCAUUCAAUACUACACUUACUUGAAGUUGGGUGCAAUAACCAAAAGCCUAAAAACAAAGCUGUGAUUGACACUGAUGUUUGUACUAUUUUUAUUUUUAUUAGGUUGGUAUGAAUGAGAUAUAUGGCACACCCUU